CAGGACUAUCGGAAUCCCGGAGAUCCAGAUCCGUCAGAACCAGCCGCUGAUCCGGGUCGAUCCGGGUCCAUCAGAACCCCGGAGAUCCAGGACCAUCGGAACCGGCUGAUUUAUCGGAACCAGCUGAUCCAGCGGUUCCUUUAACCAGAGAGCGGACUGUUGGUUCGGUUCCGCUGCCGCUGAGCAGGACUUUCCUCCUCUGCAGAUGAUCCACCUCCAGCAUCUCUGAGGACCGAACCUGCAGGACCGAACCCGCAGGACGGGACCAGGUUAUCCGGUACAGGGGAACCGCAGCAUCCUUGCGGGAUGCGGAUCCGCCGGAGGAAGAUGCUGAUGCUGAGGUUCUGGUUCUGGUUCUGAAACGGUUCCGCCCCGGUGCUGCUGCUGCUGUUUCCCGCCCCCCCGGUUCGGGUUCGGGUUCGGGUUGGGGAAGAUGCUGGUCCUCCUGGCGGCCCUGCUGGGUUCGGUUCUGGUCAGGUCCGGCUCCGCCGUCGGCUCGCACUUCCGCCCAGAUGGCGCCCCGCUGAGUGAACUAUCCUGGUCGUCCUCCCUGGCUGUUGUGGCCAUUUCCUUCUCGGGACUCUUCGCCUUCGUCUUCCUCCUGCUGGCCUGCGUCUGUUGCAAGAAGGGAAAAAUCGGCUUCAAGGAGUUCCAGAAUGUCUACGGGGAUGACUACAGCGCAGACGUGUCCACGUUGGCGUCGCCGGCGUCGCAGGACAGUCCUGACGUUUACGUCCUGCCGCUCACGCAGGUGUCGCUGCCGACAACCAAUCAGCCGGCCCGCUCAGUUCCGAUCCUCACGUCUGCAGAUCUGGGCCGCCACAGUCUCUGCUACCUGAAAGAGAUCGGAACCGGCUGGUUUGGAAAGGUUGUUCUGGGGAAGAUAAACUCGGAGCUAAAUCCCACCCAGGUGGUGGUGAAGGAGCUCAGAACCAACGCUGGUGUUCGAGACCAGAUCCUCUUCCUGGAUGAAGCUCAACCUUUCCGCACCCUGCAGCACCCGGCGCUGCUGCAAUGUCUGGCCCAGAUCACGGAGACGACGCCGUACCUGCUGGUCAUGGAGUUCUGUCCUCUGGGAGACGUUAAGGGUUACCUCCGGAGCUGCAGGUCCAACGAGUCCAUCACCCCGGACCCCUUAACCCUCCAGAGAAUGGCCUGUGAGAUCUCUUCAGGACUGCUGCACCUGCACAAGUACAACUUCACACACAGUGACCUGGCUUUGAGGAACUGCUUGUUGACCGUCGAUAUCUCAGUGAAGAUUGGAGAUUAUGGUCUGGCACACACCAAAUACAAGGACGACUACUACGUGACGUGGGACCAGAUCUACGUGCCGCUCCGCUGGAUCGCUCCGGAACUGGUGGAGGAGUCUCACGGAGACGUGGUGGUUCUGGACCAGACUCUGCAGAGCAACAUUUGGUCGUUGGGCGUGACCCUGUGGGAGUUGUUUGAGUUGGGGAACCAGCCGUUCAGCUGCUACUCCGACAGACAAGUAUUAACUCAUGCUGUAAGACAACGACCGCUGAGACUGGAGAAACCUCAGCUCAACCUGCCGCUGGCCGACCGCUGGUAUGAGGUGAUGCAGUUCUGCUGGCUCCAGCCCAACCAGCGGCCUAACGCGGAGGAGGUCCACAUGUUGCUAAGCUACCUGUGCGCUAAGGGGGCCAGCGAGGCCGAGGAGGACUUUGACCGGCGCUGGAACUCCCUUUGUCCCAACAACGGCUGCAACGGCCACCACGGCGUCCCGGGGAGGUCUAUGGAUCACCGCUCGUCAAUCGCCUCCUCUUUCCCUCUCCUGGAGCAGUUUUCAACCGGCGAUGCCUACCAAUCCUCGGAGACCGGGGACGACGUGCUAACGGUCACGGAGACCAGUCACGGCCUGAACUUUGAGUACAAGUGGGAGCAGUCCAGAGCGGAUCAGUCCUGCAGCGUUCCGCCUCCGUCUGGUAGUUUGGAUCGUUGUCAGGAAGCGUUUUACCCCCCUGGGAGCAUCGUUGGAGGCUGCCCUUUGGAAAGGGUCGUCCACGGAGUAUCGCCAUCGUACUACCAAGCUCCAAAUGUCCGGGGUGCCCAUAGUCCCUCGCUGAGGAACGACUACGACAUCGGCAUCGAGGAGUCGCUGGACUGCAAUAUCCCUCCAGAUUAUACCAUGUGCACGUACAGCCCUGAUUUUAUAGGCAACAACGGUAGCUGCACAGACUCGGACGAGUGCCCGGCUUGCCCGGCGCAGCUUCAAGAAAUGGGCUCCUACUGGUCCGCGAACAUCCACAAAUUCGACCUGUACGAUUCCACCGACUCGAGUCCGGCCAUCUCCCUGACGAUGGAGCCUCUUUUAGGCUACGACAGCAGCCCUCUACGACCCUGGGAAUCGAGUCACUACGUCUCCUACAAAGACCGAGACGGAGGUUACUACUACGAGAACUCGCCGCCUUUGGGAGUCAACCCUUAUCGGAUCGGGAGCGACCGCUCCAGCGAGCGUCACCAGGAGAGCUGGGGGUCGAGAAGCCUUCGCCAGGCUUUGGGGGAGUUGGAAAACCCGCUGGGGAUGUCUCCCUCCGUAGACAGUUCGCCGGACACGGCCUACAGAGACUUGUUCCUGGACACGGGCCAGACCUCCGUCUUGGGAAGGAAAGUGACCGGAGGAUACUACGACAUGAUGGGCUCCCUGAGGAAGACGAUGCCGAGCCACUCCGUUCGAGUCGACAUGGAAACCGAGGGCGCAAUCUUCACCGGACGCAACGACUCCGAGGUGGAGGAAGAAGACGUGUUUGUGGAGAGACACACCUGCAACACUUGGCCUUCGAAACACCGUCGCAGCAACGCGGCUCAGCCCAGACCGGCGGACCACGGCUACGGUGAUUUCCACCGCACCGUGCCGGGUAUCAAAGAGGCGUGGACCGAUGACGAGCACAACCAGGCCUUCUAUUCUCUUCCCAAACCCGUCGGCCAUCACAAGCCGCACCAGGCAACCAAAGACGGCAGCGGAUCCUGCCUUAUCUUGGGCACGCAUCACCGGAUCGUGCCCUCAAACAACCCCUACAUCUACCUGUGCCAUCAAGGCGAGACUCAGGUGCCGGCCUCGGUGGAGUGCUGUCACUCGCACUUCGUGGACCCGCUCGCCGGCUUGCUUGUGAGAAACGACAGCUACAGUCGCAGCAGCUACAUCAGAGACAAAGCCAUUGACGUCCCGAGCAACGAAGAAAUUAUCAAUCUAUCGCCGGCUCCUGGGGGUCCCAUCGUGUCCAGGCCUGAUUUGAAAAAGUCUGAGGAUUUCAAAGAGCACUGCGUUGAUCUCAUCGCUAAUGCAACCACAAUUAAACCAAGCAAAGACAAACCAAUCACGCUGGAUGAAGCCCCGACUAUGGCUAAGAACAGUCCACUUCCUAGGGACAAUGUGCAAGUGGUGGAGGUUGUCAUCGACCCACAACCAGAGCUAAGUCACACCAGUAACAGCAGCAUGGCCGACCUGAUCCCCGACUGCAACGACAAAGAUGACGAUACCUCAGUCAAAGACGUCAUUUCAAGCUUUUUCGACGAAUCCAGCGAGACCAAUGCCUUCAAGCCGCCUCAGAAGGAGGCUGGAACUCCAGACUCGAUGGAUUCCCUCGAUAUGCCGUCGGCGGCCGGGUCGUGCGACGGCCUCGGCCCUGCGUCACCCCAACCCGGCGGCUCAACCAAAGCCGCGGACAGCGGCUACGACACGGAGAACAACGAGAGCCCGGAGUUCGUCCCGAAAGAGUCCUACGAAACCCGGUUGCACCCUCAGGGGAGUCCCACCCUCGACGCAGAGCUCGAGGAAGGUGAAGGGAAGCGCGAAGAUGGCGAUGUGACUCCGUUCAGAGACUCCACCUACUUUUCCGACUACGAGAACGAAACCAAAAGUAGGCGUGACGAGGAAGAACUCGAAUUUGGAUUAAAAGAUGACCAAAAUGGUGAAAGGGAGGAAAAGACUGGAGCAACAGAGGAGGAGGAAGUAAUAGAUCCUGCAGUAAGCAAGGGCUUACAAUUGGAAUCAGAAGGCGUAUCGACAGGCGCAACUGAAUCCUUCAGUCCUCCAGAGACGGAAGAGUUCCUGGCGGACGAUUUCAGUCAGGACGACCCAUGUUGGAGGUUGGGGUCGCCUGAUAAAUGGCCUUUGCAGGAAGACACCUCGUCCCUGGGGGACUGGGCGGCCGAAGUGGUGGGAGCCAUGGAGAAGGCUAUCGGUGCCCUGAACUUUAUGGGAGAUGAGGAGGAAUCGGACGACGAAACGAAAGAUUCAACGCCAGUUAAAACAUCAGGGAUAUCCAGCAAAGUCUUUAACUCGUUACCCAACGAUGAGGUGGCCUCGCAACAAACGGGAAACCCCAGAUCUCUCUCUCCGUCUCCACCCCCUGGAACGGCAGACCUAGCAUCGCCGGCUGACGACAGCGAUGAGCCGGGCGAUGAAUUAGGAAAUGAAAGUGUGCAGAGUGGAGGAGAGGAGGGUGAGGACGAGUGGCAGCCGGUGCCGAUCGUGGUUAGCGACACCAGCGACGCCCAUAAGCUACGAAGCCUCCUCAGGACGCCAUUGCUGCCGACUGCAGAGAGUCUUGAAGAGGAGCUGAGAGGCAGGAAGAAGACGGUGUCUUUCUUUGAUGAUGUUACCCUCCAUCUGUUCGAUGAGGAGAGUCCGACCAAAGAGAACGAGUUCCCUCCAGAGACGAUGAACCAGAGAGACGGAGGAAAAACCCACGAGACGAUGAAAUCCUCCGAGGAGAUUAGAGAUGGAAACAUUUCAGAGGAAACUGCAGGGUUGCAGUGUGACGACGACUUCCAGCUCUUUCCUCUGCCGGUGUCGUCGGAGACGUCGGACUCCCAUCAGCCCCGGGCUGAAGCCCCGCCCCCUGGCCCGGCGGUGCAGGAAGCCCCGCCCCCCGGCCCGGUGGUCCAGAACUCCCGUUUCUCCGUCUCUCCGUCCAGCACGAUCCGCUUCUCCAUCACUACCGUCUCUGACCAGGACUCGGACUCAAACGGAGGACGCAGUGAAGACGGACAGAAAGACUAACCAGACGAGGACAUGAACAGAAACCGGGCUGGACUUUUGCAUGACGCUUCAUUUCUUUAUGAUUUCUAUCUGAACAUCAGGUUUUUGAAACACUAGUCAGUGCCUCUGACCACAUGUGGACACUUUUAAAAUCCCAUCGUUGGACGAGCCAAAGCCCCGAGAAGAGAAGGAAGGACUUGUGGUUCUGCUGCUGUAUAUUUUUGUUAUCAAAGAGGAAAAGUGCAAAGAGUGGAAAGGAACAUUUAAAAAGCGGCAUGUUCGCUGCCUGUUUCACUUUAUUUUAAGUCGUAACUUUCACUCAAGCAAGUUUCGCACAAGCGUUGGAGCCGUUGGAGCCGUUGGGACGUAACAACCGGCCCAACUUUGUAAAUCUGAACCCGACUGUACAGAAGAAGCUUUUACAGACGAUAUUUAGGACACUUUUCUGAGAAAACAGCUAUUUAAAUUUUAAAACUCCACCAUCUGUGAUGUUUUUCACUCUCGAAUCCACCGCUGGAAGUGAUUCACACGAACAAACGAUGCAUGAUUUCAACCGUAAAACACCAAAUCUGUGAUGAAGGAUGUGAUCCAGAAGGAGUGGAGGGUACUGAUGAAAUUUGUCAAGCUAUGAAUGAUUUGUACACAACUUAAGCCUCACUUAAGACAAUUCAGGGGGAAGAUGGUUUUUUUUUCAUGAUGAAUUCCAGCAAAUAAAGGUUCUUCAUCACAUUGAUGCAACGCUCCAGUAAUUCCAGUGAUGCUAGAAUUAUGUAACAGUCACUGAGGCCACGUUUCCACAUACCCGGGUAUUUACAAAAACGGAUAAUUCCCCCUCUCCCCCUCUGGGCAUUACGACUUUUUUCUCGACAUUUUGACUCUUUUCUCAAAAUUUCGACUCUUUUCUCAAAAUUUCGACUUUUUUCUCAAAAUUUCGACUUUCUUCUCGACAUUUCGACUUUUCUCUCAAAAUGUUGACUUUUUUUCUCAACUUUUUCCUCAAAAUUUCGACUUUUUUCUCAAAAUUUUGACUUUUUU